UUCGCCAAUCAGUUUUCAGUCAUCUGGAUGAAGCAGGCGAACGGUCUGAACUCCAUUGACGUGCCGAUCUCCUCCAACACGAUCUUAUUCACACAAGAACCACGCUUCUCGGUGGAGCAAGAAGGCGACACCUACACCCUGCAGAUCAGUGACAUCCAAGAAUCUGACCAGGGCGUCUACGAGUGCCUAUGCCAAAUAAGUGUCCAGAACUCCAUCAGCGGCACCGUUCUGCUGGCCGUUCGACUGAAGCCGGUCAUUUCGGACAACUCCACCAGGUCCGUGAUAGCGUCCGAGGGCGAGCGCGUGGAGCUGUCCUGCUACGCCAGCGGCUUCCCUCGGCCGGAGAUCACGUGGAGGCGCGACAACAACUACCUGCUGCCCACCGGCAAGGCCAUCUCCCGAGGCAACGUGCUGGUGAUCGAAAGCGUCAGGAAGGAGGCCCGUGGCACCUACUACUGCGUGGCCGACAACGGCGUAGGCCGCGGCUCCAAGCGAAACGUGGCUGUGGAGGUGGAGUUCGCACCCGUCAUCACUGUGCCGAGGCCCAAGGUCUACCAGGCGAUGCAGUAUGACAUGGACCUGGAAUGCCUUGUGGAGGCGUACCCUCCGCCUAGCAUCACGUGGAUUAAGGAUGGUCUCGUCCUGAACAACAACCAACAUCACCAGAUGUCAAUGUUCGCCACCAGUGACCAGACCACCGACAGCAACCUGCGCACACUGUCCAUAGAGAAGAAACAGUUCGGCCAGUACCAGUGCCGGGCGGCGAACCGUCUCGGCACCGCGGAGAACUCGGUGGAGCUAGUCGAGGCGUUCAUCCCUGUGUGCCCGCCGGCCUGUAACGUCCCCGGCUACAGCACGUCCGACGCGGCGCUCCUGCUGGCCAGAGGCCUCACCGUCUCACUCAUGGUGGGCGUGGCCACCGCCGUCCGCCUCCGGCGCUGGUGAGCGCCCGCACCGUCCGAGGGGCUCGCCCUGGGCUUUGGCCCACCGCUGCAGCGCACCUGAAAGAUUGUGCCGCAUACCGCAUCUACGCCGGCACGGACAGAAUCCCUGUG